AUGCUAUCCUUCGAGAACUGGAGGCGGAGGAUCGGGCUGCGGCUUGAUUGGACAAUGACCACCACAAGGGGAAGAAGAGAAAGACGGGGACCCCUGGCUGCGGUCUUAGCUGCCCUCACCGCUGCCUCCGUUACCAUCGCCGCUGCCUCUGCCAGCCUCGCUGCUGCCAUUACACUGGUAGCCGCCACUGCUGCCGGAGUCACUACUGCUUCCGUGUAUUCGGAAAAUGUUUUACAUGGUAAAGAUAUGAAAAGGAAGCAUACGGGUAAAGAGGCGGAGGAGAAGGGCAUGGAUGCUGUGCCCCCGUUACUCAAGAAGCAGAAUUGUGUGAGUCGGCACCGGUACCGCCAAGCCUGA